GAUUGAUAUAAAAGAGCUUGGCCCACCUCCAGUAAUCAGUUCAAAACUUUCUCACCUUUGAAGAUGAAGUACCUUUUCGUAGUUGCCUUGAUCGUCCUGGCCAUCCAGUUGGCGGCUGCUACCUCUACCAACAGCACCUCGUCCAACACCACCACCGCAACCACCACGACAACCGAUGCCACCACCACUACUACCACCGAUGCCACAACCACCACUGAGGCCCACCGCAAGAAGCUCUGCUGGAGGGGCAACGACUGGUGCGGCACUUUCAUCCCAAGGAGGAGGUGCAGGAAUGGCCACAGGUGCCACAGGGUCAGGGUCACUCGCAGGAGAACUGCCUAAAUUUUGGCCAUUGUAUUUUGAAUAAAUGAUUAAAGCAAGAA